GUUGUCGCAUACAAGUGCCUUUUUUUUAUUUAAUUUAAAAAAUAAUUUUCCAUUUCUUGUCCUAUUUUAUUUUCCUUAAAUGUACAUAUUCACCCGCACGUAUAUUACAAGUUAAUUCCUUUGUUGCUCUUUCUACCUCCGAAAUAAACGGGCUUCUCAGAAAAAAAAAGAAAAAAAAAAAAGUUUCUGUUUCCUUUCAUUUGUCUCCUAAAUAUCUUUUUACAGCGUGUUUGUUCGAUCCCAUUGCUCUCUAGAAACUGCUCCUGAAUUUUAUGGGCAGUUUUUAGUUACUGGUGCAGGAGAACAUACAAGCUUCUUCCUGUUUCUUCAAGCCCAGAUGGGACCGAUUGGUAGAGCUCUGGUUUUUUGUUGUGGAAACAGGGCAGUGAUUUGGGGUGGAGGAGAAUUCAGAACCAGAGGUGUGAGAUAGAAGACGAUUUCGAAGGCCUUGGCUUUGCUGGAAUUCAGGGGAUUUUAGAAGAUUUUUUGAAUUUAUUUGACUUGGUUUGAAGAAAUGAUGACUGUUUUGGAUCAAAACUUCAAUUUUUGAUCUGGUUUUUGCGGGAAAGAAGAGGAGAAUUUCUUCAAUCGUUGGCGUUAGAAUUAGCUUGUGGAGGACAGAGAGAGAAAAACAGAUACAGAGAGAGAAAGAAGGGGGAUAUUUUUGUAACUUACUGUAAUGGAGGCAGAGGCGGCCUCGGCUGAGCAGCCGCAGGCGGCGGCGCAGCCAACCUUGCCCCGGAAGAAGAUGACGAAGCAGUUAACAGGAAAGCGCGAUGAUACGCCUUUGCAUUCCGGAGUGAGGUCAGGAAACAUGGCCGUGGUGAUGGAUAUCCUUGAAAAUACAGAAGAGGGUGCGUUGAAGGAGUUAUUGACAAAGCAGAACUCAUCUGAUGAAACAGCACUAUAUGUUGCUGCAGAAUAUGGUUAUGUUGAUUUGGUCAGGGAGAUGAUCAAGUGCUACGAUCUCUCUGACGCCGGAAUCAAAGCGAGAAACGGGUUUGAUGCGUUCCACAUUGCUGCCAAACAAGGGGAUAUGGAUGUGUUGAAUGUGCUUAUGGAGGCUCAUCCGGAAUUGACCAUGACAGUGGAUCUAUCAAACACCACGGCUUUGCACACGGCUGCGGCGCAAGGGCAUAUCGAGGUGGUGAGCUUUCUGUUGGAAGCAGGAAGCAGCCUGGCAACCAUUGCUAAAAGUAAUGGCAAGACCGCGCUGCAUUCUGCGGCGAGAAAUGGUCAUUUGGAGGUUCUGAAAGCGCUUUUGGACAAGGAGCCUGGUAUCGCAACACGUGUGGAUAAGAAGGGGCAAACGGCACUUCACAUGGCGGCUAAGGGGCAGAAUCUUGAGGUGGUGGAGCAGUUGAUUAACGCAGAUCCUUCCUUGAUAAACAUGGCGGAUAACAAAGACAAUACCGCAUUGCAUAUUGCUACUCGGAAGGGUAGAGGGGAGAUUGUGAAGAUACUACUCGAACACAGUGAAACCAACACAAAGGCAGUAAACAAGUCUGCAGAAACUGCCCUUGACACUGCCGAGAAAACUGGGAACUCGGACAUUAAAGCUUUUCUCCAAGAGCGCGGUGUCCAGAGUGCUAAAGAAAUCAAGCCACAAGCAAGAAACCCAGCUCGAGAGCUGAAACAAACGGUGAGUGACAUCAAGCACGAAGUCCACCACCAGCUAGAACACACUCGCCAAACCAGAAGACGCGUCCAAGGCAUUGCCAAACGCCUUCACAAAAUGCACUCGGAAGGCCUCAACAAUGCCAUAAACUCAAACACUGUCGUGGCUGUCCUCAUUGCCACGGUCACCUUUGCAGCAAUUUUCCAAAUCCCUGGCCAAUACGUUGAUGACCCUGAAGACAUUCCCAAGGGGCAGUCACUUGGCGAGGCAAACAUUGCUCCCAAACUCGCCUUCAUAAUCUUCUUCAUCUUCGACUCCAUUGCGCUUUUCAUUUCUCUUGCUGUCGUGGUGGUGCAAACUUCAGUGGUGGUAAUCGAGAGCAAGGCGAAGAAGCAGAUGAUGGCGAUCAUGAACAAGCUGAUGUGGUUGGCUUGCGUGCUUGUUUCCGUGGCAUUUUUGGCGCUCUCUUUCGUUGUGGUGGGUGAACAGAAGUGGCUAGCAAUUGGAGUAACAAUCAUAGGAACUGUAAUUAUGGCUGCAACUUUGGGGACUAUGUGUUUCUGGGUAGUUAGGCAUCGGAUUGAGGCGAAAAACAUGAGGAGCAUUCAGAGAACAUCGUUGGACAGCAGAUCGCGGUCGUGGUCGUUGUCUGCAGUAAUGUCUGAAUCUGAGCUCCUCAACAAUGACUAUAAGAAAAUGUAUGCAAUUUGAAACUACUUCCACAAACACGCCUGCCACAUUUUUUGGGUUCUUGGUUUUCCAGCAUUGGGCCCAACAGGUGUAACUAUUAUAUAAUUAACUUCAAAAAUGCAUAUUUUCGAA